CACAACGCAGAGCCGGGUUGGAACGCUGCAUUACCUUGCUGCGGGCGUUCAGCCUGCGUCACCGAGGCAGGCAGUGCCUCCGGGCUCUUGCGGAAGAGGUCUCCCACGCUUGGGCUUCUCCCAGGAGACCCGUGCCGGAGCCUCACCAGACGGUCGUGGCUGCACUGGCUGCCUGCCACCUUCUCGGCAGAGACCCCAUCCCAAAGGUCCCCGUGACAGCGGGACGUUCCCAGGCAGGACUAGUCUCUCACAGAUGCCAAGCAGGAGGCAGAGGACGGAGGCGGCGAUGAAGCCGGGGUCGGGAGCUGCUCGGGUGAAGCGAAAAUUACAGCGACCAACAUCGCCUCCCUGUCUCUUGCUAUUAAUAGCCUCACAGGUUCUCAAAAUGGGCAGAAUUUCCUACAUCAUGCUUAAACUUUACUGGGUGUCUUAUUUUUUCUUUGCGUAUCAGGGAAAUUGGAUAACGCCACCGGCUUGCUCAGUUUGACUUUAUCAAUGCUGCUAACUCCUCCUCGCCCUCUCGCCUCCUGAAUUCCUGAGCUGGAGCACACCUGUGAGAACGUGGGAGCAGAGACAAUCCCGGGAAGGGCCGCCUUGAAAUUCCCACACCUCUUCCAAAACAUAAGGAUUGCCAGAUGCUUUUAAACCAGCUGAAAGAGAUCACGGGAAUUCAAGAUUCGGCUUUCCUUCACGCAGCUCUAAAGGCUGCUAAUGGAGACCUAAUGGAAGCAGUCACCUUCCUGACGGAGGAGCACGCUCAGGAGCCGGCUCAGGACGCGUCUGCUGCAGAGCCAUCCACUUGGGAAGGGAGCGCUGUGGGCAAACAGCUCCCACAAAAUGUUACUGCUGCCCUUACCCCUAACAACAGAGACAACCUCUGCGCAGCCGAUGCCUUCAGACCGCUGGAAUCGCCAAAAGCUCAGGCUGCGGAAAGAGAUGCCGCUGAAAGGCCGCAGGAAGGGCAUUCUGCUGAAAACAAAAAUCGCCCCAAAAGGAAACGCUGUGAAGUCUGGGGAGAAAACCCCAAGCAGAAUGAGUGGAGAAGAGUGGGCGACUGGCCUGUUGGAAUGAAAAAUAUUGGAAAUACAUGUUGGUUUAGCGCCGUCAUCCAGUCUCUGUUCCAGUUGCCAGAAUUUCGGAGGCUGGUCCUUGGGUACUCCCUCCCGCAAAACGUGCUGGAAAGUUGUCGUAGUCGCACUGGAAAAAGAAAUGUUGCGUUCAUGCAAGAGCUUCAGUGUCUGUUUGCGUUAAUGCUGGGGACACGUCGUAAGUUUGUAGAUCCUUCUGCAGCGGUGGAACUCUUGAGGGAUGCGUUUAGAUCAGCUGAAGAACAGCAGCAAGACGUGAGUGAAUUUACACACAAACUGCUGGACUGGCUGGAGGAUGCAUUCCAGCUUGCUGUGAACAUCAAGAGCCCCGGGGACAAAUCCGAAAACCCAAUGGUACAGCUUUUCUACGGGACUUUCUUGACCGAGGGUGUCCAUGAGGGCAAUACUUUUUCCAAGAUCGAAACCUUUGGUCAGUAUCCCCUUCAGGUAAAUGGUUAUCGAAACUUGAACGAGUGCUUGGAAGGAGCCAUGGUGGAGGGAGAGAUGGAUGAGGCGACAGCAUCUCAGUCAGUGAAGUACGGACAGGAGCGCUGGUUUACAAAACUCCCACCGGUGCUGACCUUUGAACUCUCCCGAUUUGAGUUCAAUCAGUCGCUAGGACAGCCAGAGAAAAUUCACACCAAGCUGGAAUUUCCCCAGACUAUUUAUAUGGACAGGUACCUCUACUGCAGCAAAGAGCUUAUUCAGAUGAAGAGAGAAGAAAUGAAGAGGCUGAAGGAGAAAAUGGGGAUUCUGCAGCAGAAGCUGGAAAGCUACAUGAAAUAUGGCUCUGGCCCAGCCCGCUUUCCGCUGCCUGACAUGCUCCAGUAUGUUCUCGAAUUCAUCGCCACAAAGCCAGCUGUAGUUGUUUCUUCCACUCAGGGCUCUCAGACGACGCUCCUGCAGUCCCAAGCCGAGCCCCACAUUUUGGACGUGCUUUCAGAGCCGACUGGUGUGCUAGAAAGGAAGGAUACCAGGACUGAUGAUGCAGCUUUCUUCUUGGCAAAUCCCUCACCCCAGCAGCAGUCGAGUACGCCGCUCCAGCCUUCGGGUUCGCCUGCAGAAGCAUCUGAACGUCCAGCUCCUCGUGUGGUUUCCGCGGAAGAGCUGAACCUUGUUCGGGCGUGUCUGCAGCGAUGGAGGAAUGAGAUUGAACAAGAUGUGCAAGAUCUGAAGGAGUCUAUUACCAGAAUCAGCCUGUCCAUUGAACAAAUGUACUGCGACCCUCUCCUCCAACAGGUUCCCUAUCGUUUGCACGCAGUCUUGGUACACGAAGGGCAAGCAAAUGCUGGUCACUACUGGGCCUACAUAUACGACCAGCCUCGAAAAAGCUGGCUGAAAUACAAUGACAUCUCAGUGACGGAAUCAUCGUGGGAGGAAUUGGAGAGAGAUUCGUUUGGAGGCUUGAAGAAUGCCAGUGCCUACUGCCUGAUGUACAUAAGCGAUAAGGUGUCCCGCCUCGUUGCAGACGAGGGUGACGGCUCCGAGGUUGGACAGUUUCAGAAGGAAGUCGAAGCCUUACCCCCGGAGCUGCGACACUAUGUCCAGGAGGACAACUGGCGACUGGAGCAGGAGGCGGAGGAGUGGGAGGAGGAACAGUCUUGCAAGAUUCCUCAGAUGGAGCCUUCGCCUGCUUCCGAAUCGCAGGACCUCUCUUCCGAGUCAGGACCAGAUCCGUCUUUGGUCUGCGAGCAGAGCGUGCGCUCUCUGUCCUCUGAACACGCCAUGAUUGCCAAGGAGCAGACUGCCAAGGCCAUUGCGAACACCGCCGACGCCUAUGAAAAGAACGGCGUUGAGGCGGCUCUCUGCGAGCCCAAGGAGGUAGAACCAAGGAAGGCCCAACCGGGAGAGACAGCCCUUACAGUUCAGGCAGAACCACCACCGCAGGACGCUAAGGAAACAGAGUCUGCUGCCCAAAGUAGCUCACAGGUCUCUGAAGUGGAAAUCCCCAGUGUGGGGAAGAUUCCCGUUAGAUCCGAUGCAGACGGAUAUAACGAGGAGGUGAUGCUGAGUCCAGCCAUGCAAGGCGUCAUCCUGGCUAUUGCAAAAGCCCGCCAGACCUUUGAUCGAGAUGGGUCUGAAGCAGGGCUUGUGAAGGCGUUCCACGAGGAGUACUCUAGGCUCUACCUGCUUGCCAAAGAGACCCCGACCCCUCAGAACGACGCCCGGUUGCAACACGUGCUCAUUUACUUCCUGCAAAACAACGCUCCCCAGCAGGUGGUGGAACGGACCCUUCUCGAGCAGUUUGCGGACAAAAACCUCAGCUACGAUGAAAGGUCGAUUAGCAUUAUGAAGGUAGCACGAGCAAAGCUGAGAGAAAUCGGACCCGACGACGUCGAUAUGGAGGAGUACAAGAGAUGGCACGAAGACUACAGCCUUUUUCGCAAGGUGUCGGUUUACCUGCUGACAGGGUUGGAGCUCUACCAGAAUAGAAAGUACCAGGAGUCGCUCACCUACCUGGUCUACGCCUACCAAAGCAACACCAAGCUGCUGCUGAAAGGAGCCAACAGAGGAGUGGACGAGUCGCUGAUUGCCUUGUACAGAAGGGAAUGUCUCCUGAAGCUGAACGAGGUGGCAGCGUCUCUGUUCGUAAGUUGUGAUGAAGCUCGUGUGGCAGAGGGCGUUAGCAUCCUGAACGAGCUGAUCAUCCCCUGCAUGCACCUCAUGAACAGCUUCGAGAUCUCCAAAGAGGACCUGGAUGCCCUCGAGGUGAUGAGAAACUGCUGGUGCUCCUAUUUGGGACGAGAAGACAUGGACGCAAAGCUGCAGAUGAAGCUGGGCGAAUUGCUGCCCCGGCUCCUCGACUGCUCCACCGAGGUCAUCGUUCUGAAAGAGCCCCCGAAGAUCCGGCCCAACUCCCCCUACGACCUCUGCAGCCGGUUCGCAGCCGUGAUGGAGUCCAUUCACGGGGCCUCGACCGUGACCGUGAAAUAGACUGCCGACUCCCCGGUACACACGCUGCGGGCCGCCCGCCCUCCCGCCCGUCGGGCCGCGUUGGAAAAGGGAGAGGGGAAGAGAAGGGGCGAUUCAGAUUCAGAGCCGUGUUCUUUGUAAAUACAAGCGAAUAAAAAGCAGCGUUGCACUUUUGAGGUAAAACAUCAAGCGGAAAUGCGAAGGACCCGAACCGCUUCGUUGCGGCAGCUUUCUAGACCCGGAUCCCCAGGCCCGCAAUGGCAGCGAUGAGCUGCCGUUGAUCUGUCAGAUGCGCUUACGUCUCUCUGAGUGAUUAGCUACCAGACAUCAUACCUUCAGCUCUUGCCAAGCUCCGGCUAGCAGGGCUCCGAGUUGCGCGCUGAGGAGGCGGAGAGGAAGGGCGGCUCACGCUCUCUGUUGCGCGGGCAGUCACACGUGCAGCUGCACGGUUUGGUCAAGCAGGUGUUUGCCUUUUGUAUUUUACCUGGCAAAAGAAAAAAAAAAAAAAAAAAGGACACGGGAAUCCGGGAAUCUUCCUUGAGAAAGGCAAAAGCAAAUAGUGGUGGUGACAAGAGGGUAAAUAUUGCCCCCUGCGCAGCUGUGCCACACCGACAGCUUACUGGUUAAGGGACAUCGCACCACCCCGAAGGAUAUCCCCCCCUCAGAUCAAACUUCCUUCUCGCCUCUCACCACCGGAUUAGUGUUGCCGACAGCCAUGAGGGCUAGGAUUGGCUCCUUUUUUGUUGUUGGUGGUUUGGUUUUUCUAUUGACUUUCUGUGAGGAAAAAAAAAAAAAAAAAAAAACCCAACCCCGUUGGGAUUUCCUUUUUGCGGGCAGCCCAUGCUUGCGUUUGAGCUGCGGCAGUUGUUUGAAACCAAACGUUCUGCGUAAGUGGAGGGGAGGCGGGGGGGGGGAUCAUCCCGUUUGUUGGGACUAUGCAGAUUUUUCUAAAAGUGCAAU